GCGCAAUUUACUUACUAUUUACCACUUGGACAAUGUGCUUACUUCAAGAGUUUAAAUAAAAGAUUUCGCAUUCAUCAACAAUGAUGACAUGCUUCAUUUCAUCAGUUCCAGUUAGCUUUUCAUUCGAAGAAUCUUCGCGACCAUGAGAUUAAACCGCCAUAUAUAUCUUGGCACCUGGGUGACGGACUUUGUGCAAUACCUUCUCGACUAUGACGCCAGUACAACACUCUUAAUCGUCUGUUCUACCAGAGAAGCUUUCCUUAAUCAAUUGCUCGUCAUUACGCGCGUUCACUCAAGAGAGACUGCAGAGAGCCACCCAAUACUUACAAAAUCUCUCGGAUUGCUCUCAAAUUCAACCCGAUUCAAGAUAGCCUACUGCCCAACCCUCGAGAACCUUCGAGCUUAUCUCUCUGUGCUACCUCUAUCUGGCAACUCUGCACAGAAGACUGUCGCUGAAUAUCAGGAAAUGCGGAGACCACUGAUGGCUAUCCUCGACCUAGUGACAUUCGCGACUGCCGUUGAGGCUGCUUCAAGGGAGGGCAUGGAUCUUGUGCUCUGCGAAUGUCAAGAUGCUGCAAAUCCUGUUGACGGCGAACGCGGUGAGGUUCUAUGGUAUACUAAUAUCCCAUUGCUUAACAAUUCGGUGCGAAGGGGGGAAAGUACUUGGCUUGGGCGUAGUGUGCCCGUGAAUAGAGUUGUGCAACGAUGGUUUCAAUUCAACGAACCAAACCACUCUGCUAUGGAUAUGUGAUACAUAUGAUGAGAUGAACAGAAAUGGAUUGAAAUGAGUUUGAUAUGCGAUUCCAACCUCAGAUAUUCAUCAUGGGCGCUUUGGAUCUCGCUUUCGAUGUUUUCCUUAAGGUCC